GUGAUGGGUUUUAUGACAGACAUCAUGUUACUGAGUUUCCUCUUUAUUCCAAGCACUGUGGCUGCUUGUCCUAAUUCUACAAACCUGUUCAUCACUGCACCAGCAGAGAUGGAAGCUCUGAGUGGAUCUUGUUUACAAAUCCCAUGUAACUUUAGUGAUGCUGGACCAGUAAAGUUUAACAGCACAAGACCUGUGCUUGCAGUGUGGAUUAAAAAUCAUACUAAUUUUAAACUUUAUCCAGAAAAUGUGAUCUUCAACAGCAGUAAGACAGUUAACAUCUAUCCAAUGAAUAUUACAGGAAACCUGACACAGAGAAACUGCACCACUCUGUUUUCCAAUUUAAUCACAAAUUAUACAAACACAUACUACUUCAGAAUUAUGACCUCGCCGUUCAAGGCAACAGCUGUUUGUGAUCCUCUUCAAAUAACAAUUAAAGAUUCUCCUUGGAGGCCCAAUAUUACAAUCCCAGGUGAUCUGAAGGAGAAGGAGUCUGUCACUAUAACCUGCUCAGCUCUCACUCCCUGUCCACACUCCCCUCCUCAACUCACCUGGAAUCUCCAACAAGACUCUCACAACAAAAUGGAGCAAAACACAGAUGGAAGCUUUACAACUAAAAUCCAGCAGAACAUCACUCUGUCAGACACACAUGAUGGAACGAAGAUCAACUGCUCUGCCAGAUAUCCUGUGAACCAAGGAAAAGACACCAAGACAGCAGAGACAGAAGAGACUCUCAAUGUUUCAUAUGCUCCUAAAGACACCUCAGCAUCCAUCAGUCCAUCAGGUUUGGUGUCAGCAGGCAGCUGGGUGAAGCUGACCUGCUGCAGCAGAGCCAAACCUCCAGUCAGCAACUUCACCUGGUUCAAGAAGAGCAGAGAUGGAGCUGUGAAAGUAUCUGAAGGAGAGAUUUACAGCUUCAAUGUAACAGAUGGAGGAGUUUAUUACUGUGUGGCCACUAAUGAUCUGGGUAAUCAGACAUCAGCAGAGAUUAACAUGACUGUUAAAGGAGACAAACUGUGGCAACAUAUUGGCGUAAUUAUUGGGAUCAUUUUACUCUUAAUCUUACUCUGCUUGAUAAUCUUUGUUUGCUGGUUAAAAUCAAAGCAUCAAAGACAAGAACAGACUCAGAUUCAAAUAAAUGAAAAGCAGGUUGUUGAAGAACCAGGAAGUAAAACAGAGGAAGUUGAAGAAAACAUCCAUUAUAGUGAGAUUAACAUUUCCAAGCAUCAAGCAUCCUCUGACUCAGUGCAGGACAGAGGACAGGAGCAGGACACAGAGUACGCACAGGUGCAAAUCAGCAAGCCAGAAAACAACUUAACACAGAGUCCUCAUGUCCAGGAGGAAGUCUAUAGUGAGGUGAAGAAAAUUUAAAAUGUUGUAAAAUGACAUUACUUCAGCGUCGACAUACACACAUGGAGCCUUUCUGUGGGUCAUUUUCACAGUUCAGUGAUGACAAAGAAACAACACCCUGCAACUUUUCAUGUUCUGUUUUCAUUUUCUUGUGUUCAUGAAAAAUCUGAAUAAGCAGAAGUUUCAGCACUUCAAUAAGGAACUGGUUUCACAUGUCAGUUCUGUAAAACUGAAAAUCAAAACCUACACAUGCUGCAGCUUCGUUUGAGUUUUUUUCUGCACUCUGCACUCAACACUUGUGUCAAGCUCACGUUUCCCAGUCUACGCCUCUCUUUUAUUUUGACAUUCUUGUGUUCCAUGUCCAGUGUGUUUCGUUUUGCUUCCCUUGUGUCAUCGUGUUUAUUUGUAUCGGCUGUUUCCACUUCCCCCAUUAUCCCUCUGUGUAUUUCAAUCUUCUGUCUCCCUUUGUUUAUCUGUUUUUAUUUGUGUCAUGUCACUGGAAUUCUCAAGUCUCAUCAUGUUCAUGUUUCUCAAGUCUAGUCCUAGUUCACCCAGUAUAGGUAAUAGUUUAGUUUUCAGCUUUGUGUGCCUUUGCCAUUUGCUUUUGUAUUUUUUCACCAGCCGGCUCGCUUUUUGUUAAAGAGAGGACAGCUGAUGCCAUUAUGCAUCAGACUGUCAGGGUUCAUAUGCCUUUUUCAGGAUCAAAUUCAAGCACGUUCAGCACUUUCAACGUCCCUUUUCAAGCUUUUCCAGCCCCCCCGUUAAAAUGCAUGUUUCAAUUUGCAUCACCUCAGUAUUUAAACAAAUCAUCCUAGGUGAACUUUGUUCCUUUGUUCCCCUUUUGUUAAAAAUGCACCACACAAAAAUACUGCAAAAGGAAACGGUCCUCUUAUAUACACAGUGUAUAAAC